AUGCUUGGAGUGCAGAAAGAGCUUCAAGUCGAAGAAUGGCCUUUCUUUACAUCAAAGGAUGCACACAGGGGAGAAACCAUUUGAAUGUUCGCAGUGUGGAAAGACCUUCAGAUGGAAGGGGACCCUUGAAAUACAUCAGCGAAUUCACGCAGGCGCAGCAGAGAAACCAUUUGAAUGUUCGCAGUGUGGAAAGAGAUUCUUUUCCAAAUACAGCGUUACACACCAUCAAUUAGUUCACAGAGAAGACAAGCCAUUAAAAUGUCUGGAAUGCAGAAAGAGUUUCAGCAAUAAGCAUGACCUUGCUAAACAUCAAAGAGUUCACACAGGAGAGAAACCAUUUACCUGUCUGGAGUGUGGGAAAGCAUUUACUCAGAAGGGGGCACUUACUGUCCAUCAAAGAAGGCACUCUGGGGAGAAGCCUUUUAAAUGCUUGGAGUGCGGAAAGAGCUUCAAGUCGAAGAACGGCCUUUCUUUACAUCAAAGGAUGCACACAGGGGAGAAACCAUUUGAAUGUUCGCAGUGUGGAAAGACCUUCAGAUGGAAGGGGACCCUUGAAAUACAUCAGCGAAUUCACACAGAUGAGAAACCAUUUGAAUGUUCGCAGUGUGGAAAGAGAUUCUUUUCCCAAUACAGCGUUACACGCCAUCAAUUAGUUCACAAAGAAGACAAGCCAUUAAAAUGUCUGGAAUGCAGAAAGAGUUUCAGCGAUAAGCAUGACCUUGCUAAACAUCAAAGAAUUCACACAGGAGAGAAACCAUUUACCUGUCUGGAGUGUGGGAAAGCAUUUAGUCAGAAGAGGGUACUUAUUGCCCAUCAAAGAAUACACUCAGGGGAGAAACCAUUUGAAUGCUUGGAGUGUGGAAAGAACUUCAGGUGGAAGGUGAGCCUUGCAAUACAUCAAAGAAUUCACACAGACACGGAAGAGAAACCAUUUGAAUGUUUGCAGUGUGGAAAGAGAUUCUUUUCUAGGUACAGCGUUACACGUCAUCAGCUUAUUCACAGAGAAGACAAGCCGUAUAAAUGUCUGGAGUGCAGAAAGAGUUUCAGUGAUAAGCAUGAUCUUGCUAGACAUCAAAGAAUUCACACAGGAGAGAAACCAUUUACCUGUCUGGGGUGUGGAAAAACAUUUAGGGAGAAGGGGGCACUUACUGUCCAUAAAAGAAUACACUCAGGGGAGAAACCAUUUGAAUGCUUGGAAUGUGGGAAGAGAUUCUGCCAGAAGGGUGCCCUUCAAGGUCAUCAAAGAAAGCAUACCGGGGAGAAGCCAUUUAAAUGCCUGGAGUGUGGAAAGGGAUUCCUCUUCAGUAGUGCUCUUGAUGUACAUCAAAGAACUCACACCGGGGAGAAGCCAUUUAAAUGCCUAGAGUGUGGAAAGAGGUUCAGUGCGAAGAACUGCCUUACUUUACAUCAACGAAUGCACACAGGGGAGAAACCAUUUGAAUGUCUGGAGUGCGGAAAGAGUUUUACCGAUAAGCCUGGCCUUGCUAGACAUCAAAGAAUUCACACGGGAGAGAAACCUUUUCAAUGUCUGCAGUGUGGAAAGAGCUUUAGUGAGAGGAGAAGCCUUAUAUAUCAUCAGACAACUCUCACUGGGGAGAUGCCUUUUAAUUGCUUGGUGCUUGCAAAGAGAUUCCGCAAGCGGGGUGCCCAGCAAUACGAUCAAAGUGUGCACACAGAGACUUCUUUGGAGGAGGAGUCUAAUACUCAGGAACAACCUUCUCCUACUGUAAUCCUAGGGCAAGGUUUGGGGUCCUGUAGCAGUGAUGCAUCAUCCAAGGUUCCCAGCAACACUUUCCACCCUGUCCUGAGCCCAGCCGUGAUUCCCGAUUUUCCUCCCACCACCCUCAGCUCUACAGAGCACAGGUCGCAGUGUAUCCGGUGGGAUACUCAGAGCCAUGGUGGGAGAGCCUACCUGACUCCCAGAGUACCCUUUCUCCCAGGAAAUGCACUUGAGGAAGGGCCUUCUCAGAAACACUGGUCCACUUAUGAGACAGACUCUGAUGCAACUGCAUAAGCUGGGAGAGCGGGCAUCCAAAUGGCACAAUGGCCAUUCAAUGUAAGCAAGUGUAAAGUGAUGCAUGUUGGAGAAAAACUCCCAACUUCAAGU